UCUUGAUUAUUUUAACUUCUCUGGCUCUUUUGGCUUUGGGUGGUGACAUUUGGUUUAGGACUUUAGAUGAAAGACAACAAUAUGGCCUGGAAUGGCUCAAAUGGAAUGACGCCAUGAGAGCUACAUUCGAAGACCAAUGCUGUGGAUAUCAAAAUUCAACUGAUAACGCUGUUCUUUCAUCAACAUGCACUCUAAACCCUGACCAACAAAUACAAGGCUGCAUAGGUCCAAUAACUUCAAAAGCUGACAGACUUGCUCGCCAAUUAUUCACUUCAUUAUUUGGUUUCAUAACUGUGGAUAUAUUUGCUUUCUUUGCCACAAUCAUACUGAUACAAGCAAGAAAUAUUGAAGAACGUUAUAUAAAAAUUGAUGAAAAACAUAGUCAUAUCACUGACGAAGCAUUAAAAAGGCAAUUUGUUUAA